AUGGUUGCAGUGGUUCGAAACUAAGAUUAUCGGUCAUCUGCAUUACUUUCUUUAAUCUUCGAUCGAAGUAACACGCUUACAGUUUAUCUUAACUAUUGUCUGAAAAACAAUGUAUUUACUCGAUCAACAUUAUCACGUGAUCAAGAUUUGGUCUCCGGUGAGGGCAGUAGUAUUGUAACUGGUGCUACCAGUCCAGCGCCUUCAACGAUCUCAGGAGUGACUUCACAACUGGAUACUCUGUCGAUGGCAACUGAUGACAAUGACCGUUAUCCUACAACGUCAAAAUUUCCAAAAACUCGACCGAAUGAUCUCAACUCGAAACAAGGCGAAAGUGGACAAGCAAUUGGUCUCAUUGCUAACUACGUCAAGAUGUUAGCCGCACCUAAAUGGGACUUGUAUCGAUAUCAUUGUGCGUUUGAACCUGAAAUUGAAUUACGAAAAAUUCGUCGUGAAACAUUAGCCAAUGCAGGCAUCAAAGAUGUGGCCUUCGAUGGAACGAUUCUCUAUUCAUUUGAAGAUUUCGGAUCGGAAAAAGUUACAUCUGGUAAACACCCUGUAACUAGUGAAAUAGUGACAAUCAAAAUAAAACGUACGGCAACGGCUGCACCUGAAUCACCCGAAUUUUUUCAUCUGGCUAAUUUAAUUGUCCGAAAAUUACUGGAAAUCGCUGGAUUGAAAUUACUUGGCCGAAACUAUUAUUCAUUUGAUAAAAAGAUCGAACUCGAUCGAUACAAAUUAACACUAUUUCCAGGUUUCAUGACUGCUGUCAAUGUCUAUGAAGGUCAAUUAAUGAUCAAUGUCGAUUUAUCAACAAAAGUCAUGAAUAAACAAACAGUUUAUUCGAUUUUAAUGGAUAAGUUUCAACGUAUGAAUGACGCUAAACAAGCACAAGAUGCAUCCAUCAAAGAACUUGUUGGUCAGAUCGUUUUGACACCAUACAAUAAUGAAACGUAUAAGAUUCUCGAUGUUGCUUGGGACAAAGAUCCAACGUAUCAAUUUACAAAACGCGAUGGUACACAGCAGACUUUAUCUCAAUAUUAUCAAGAAAAAUAUCAUAUAAAAAUCAAAGAUGAACAACAACCAUUGAUUUCAGUAAAAGCCAGCAAACGAGUUGCUAAACGUGGCCCGAAGAAGGACGAUCCAGGAGUGAUCUUUCUAAUUCCGGAAUUAUGUUGUCUAACUGGUAUUUCGGAUUCAAUGAGACAAGAUUUUUCGUUGAUGAAAGAAAUGAGUACUUACACACAUGUUGGACCAAAUGAACGAUUCCAACAACUGAACGGAUUUCUUCAUGAUAUUCAAGGACGUGAAGAAGGUCGUAAGGAAUUAAGUAAAUGGCAAAUUAGUCUUGAUAAAGGACUCGUUGAACUCACCGGUCGUACAAUGGAAGCUGAACCGAUUAUUUACAAAGAUCGUACGAUCAAAUACAAUCCACUUGAGGCUGAUUGGUCACGUGAUGGUCGUUCAUUAGCUCAUAUUUCAGCUAAACAUCUCGAUCGAUGGAUUCUCAUAUAUUCACAACGUGACUCUCAAAUUGCGCACUCGUUUGUCGAUGCUCUCUACAAAGUUUGCACACCCUUUGGCAUGCGGGUCGACUUUCCUGAAAUGAUUGAACUACCAAAUGAUCGUUCCGAAACGUUCAUUCGUGCCAUUGAAAAUAAAGCGAAUCCACAAAUGGAUUUAGUUUGCUGUAUCUUAACGAAUAAUCGAAAAGAUCGUUAUGAUGCCAUUAAGAAAGUUCUAUGCGUUGAUUGUCCUGUACCAUCUCAAAUGUUAUUGUCAAGAACGUUGCAAAAACCAGGUCAAUUGAUGUCCGUUGCGACCAAAGUUGGUAUUCAAAUCAACGCCAAACUAGGUGGUGAAAUAUGGGCUGUUUCCAUUCCGUCAAAGACGAUUAUGGUCAUCGGUAUUGAUACUUAUCGUGAUUCUCAAUCGCGUUCAGCUCAAAUGGUUGGCUUUGUUGCAUCGAUCAAUCCAACAUGUACACGUUACUACUCACGUGUUAUCGAACAACGAAGCAAUAAAGAUCUCAUUUCGGGAUUGAAAUCGUGUAUGCAAGACGCACUUCAAAAAUAUCAUCAAGUCAAUGGUGCUUUACCAGCCAAGAUCAUUGUCUAUCGAGAUGGUGUAAACGAUUUUCAAUUGCUUGAUGUUAUUGAAAAUGAAUUACCAGUUUUGAAUGAACUUUGUAUGAAAAUACAAGAAGGUUACGAUCCAAAAUUAGGUAUGGUUGUUGUCAAAAAACGUGGUAGUGCACGAUUCUUUGCUCGUGAUCCACGUGGCGGUCGUCAAUUAACCAAUCCACCACCUGGUACUAUCAUCGAUCAUACAGUUACUAAUCAAGAAUGGUAUGAUUUUUAUUUGAUUUCACAAAUGGCUCGACAAGGCACUGUUGCACCAACGCAUUUCAAUGUUAUCUGGGAUCGAACGGGAUUGAAAGUUGAUCAUAUGCAACGAUUGACACAAAAACUAUGUCAUUUAUAUUACAAUUGGCCUGGUACAAUCCGUGUACCUGGUGUAUGUCAAUAUGCACACAAGUUGGCUUUUCUUGCUGCUCAAAGUCUGCAUGCUCAACCUCAUGAAAGUCUAGCUGAUAAAUUAUUCUAUUUAUAA